UCCAGUGACUGCCGCAGAAGAGGAGGUGUUACUGUUGCCAUGAGGUCCUGAUUGUCCGGCUUUAUGAAUGAAACUCACCUCCAUCACCUGUUACCUCCAGUUUCCAGAUUGUUGGAACUUGUCUGGCCGCACAAUACAGGAAGGCGGACGGGAAGCAGCGCGGGACCCGCGGCGGCUGCAGCAUGGGCUGGUGCACCGGGCUGGUCUGUGUGCUCUGGGGAGCCUUACUUACGGCCAGAGCAAACUAUCAACAGGGCAAGAGCAACGUGCCGAGGCUGAGAUUAUCCUACAAAGAAAUGUUGGAAUCCAACAAUGUGAUCACUUUCAAUGGCUUGGCCAACAGCUCCAGCUAUCAUACCUUCCUUUUGGAUGAGGAACGGAGUAGGCUGUAUGUUGGAGCAAAGGAUCACAUAUUUUCAUUCAACCUGGUUAAUAUCAAGGAUUUUCAAAAGAUUGCAUGGCCAGUAUCUUACACCAGAAGGGAUGAAUGCAAAUGGGCUGGAAAAGACAUCCUGAGAGAGUGCGCCAACUUCAUCAAGGUGCUCAAGGUUUACAAUCAGACACACUUGUAUGCCUGUGGAACGGGGGCUUUCCAUCCAAUUUGCACCUACGUUGGAAUUGGACAUCAUCCUGAGGACAACAUUUUUAAACUGGAGGACUCACAUUUUGAAAAUGGCCGUGGGAAGAGUCCAUAUGACCCCAAACUACUGACAGCAUCUCUUUUAAUAGAUGGAGAAUUGUACUCUGGAACUGCAGCGGACUUUAUGGGGCGAGACUUUGCUAUCUUCCGAACACUGGGGCAACACCACCCCAUCAGGACUGAGCAGCACGAUUCCAGGUGGCUCAACGAUCCAAGGUUCAUUAGCGCUCACCUCAUCCCAGAGAGUGACAACCCCGAAGAUGACAAAGUGUACUUCUUCUUCCGUGAAAAUGCCAUAGACGGAGAACACUCUGGAAAAGCCACUCACGCAAGAGUAGGUCAGAUAUGCAAGAACGACUUCGGGGGACACAGGAGCCUGGUGAACAAGUGGACAACCUUCCUCAAAGCCAGGCUCGUCUGCUCAGUGCCAGGGCCCAACGGCAUCGACACUCACUUUGAUGAACUGCAGGAUGUGUUCCUAAUGAACUCUAAAGACCCUAAGAAUCCCAUUGUCUAUGGCGUGUUUACCACUUCCAGUAACAUCUUCAGGGGCUCCGCCGUGUGUAUGUACAGCAUGAGUGACGUGCGCAGAGUGUUCCUGGGUCCCUACGCUCACAGGGACGGCCCCAACUACCAGUGGGUGCCUUACCAAGGAAGAGUCCCCUAUCCAAGGCCGGGAACGUGUCCCAGUAAAACGUUUGGUGGCUUCGAGUCCACAAAGGACCUCCCUGAUGACGUAAUCACCUUCGCAAGAAGUCAUCCGGCCAUGUACAAUCCGGUGUUUCCUAUUAAUAACCGCCCGAUAAUGGUCAAAACCGACGUGAAUUACCAGUUCACACAGAUUGUAGUAGACAGGGUGGACGCAGAAGACGGCCAGUACGAUGUCAUGUUUAUUGGAACAGAUGUUGGGACUGUGCUGAAAGUAGUUUCAAUUCCUAAAGAGACCUGGCAUGAUUUAGAAGAAGUUCUGCUGGAAGAAAUGACAGUUUUUCGGGAACCAACUACUAUUUCAGUGAUGGAGCUCUCCACUAAACAGCAACAGCUGUACGUGGGUUCUGCGGCAGGUGUGGCGCAGCUGCCCCUGCACCGUUGUGACAUCUACGGCAAGGCCUGCGCCGAGUGCUGCCUGGCCCGCGACCCCUACUGCGCCUGGGACGGCUCCUCCUGCUCGCGCUACUUCCCCACGGCCAAGAGACGCACCAGACGACAAGAUAUAAGAAAUGGAGAUCCACUGACUCACUGUUCAGACUUACAACACCAUGAUGAUCACCAUGGCCACAGCCUUGAAGAGAGAAUCAUCUACGGGGUGGAGAACAGUAGCACCUUCCUGGAAUGCAGUCCCAAGUCACAGCGGGCGCUGGUGUACUGGCAGUUCCAGCGGCGGAACGAAGAGCGAAAGGAAGAGGUGCGGGCGGACGAGCGCCUCAUCCGCACGGAGCAGGGGCUCCUGCUGCGCAGCCUGCAGCGGCGGGACUCGGGCAGCUACGAGUGCCAGGCCGUGGAGCACGGCUUCAUGCAGACGCUGCUGCGCGUGCGGCUGGAGGUGGUGGACGCCGCGCGCCUGGACGCGCUGCUGCCCCGGGACGGCGAGGGCGGCGCGGCGCGCGAGGCCCCGGGCCUGACGCCCAGCCAGAAGCUGUGGUACCGGGACUUCCUGCAGCUCCUCAACCACCCGCACCUCAACACCGUGGACGAGUUCUGCGAGCAGGUGUGGAAGAGGGACCGCAAGCAGCGCCGGCCGCGGCCGGGGCCCGCGCAGGGCGGCGGCGGCACCAAGUGGAAGCACUUGCAGGAGGGCAAGAAGGGCCGCAACCGGAGGACCCACGAGUUCGAGAGGGCGCCCCGGAGCGUGUGA